AAUUCGGUGCGGAAGCUCAUGUGCGCUCGCGACUGAAAGUGCUUGUCCGAGAAACAUGCCGAUCUUACAAGGUCUCGUGCAAUCGAAGAGGAUAUUAUCACUGUGUACUUGCAGAUGUGUGUGUAAAAUAAUAGCCAGUCAAUGUAAAUGGCCAGUCAUCAGCCAAAGAAAACAGUCCGUCCUUGCACAUGUUCGUGAAUGGUCGAAGCAGCGCUCGCAUAGGGAAUCUAGACUUUAUACAGUCUCCUUUAGGAAUUUUAACAGCAGUUCACAACAAACUCCAUUUCAACGUAAAAUUCAGAUUGCAACUUAUAUUUCUUGUGGUAUUGGUGCUUGUUUGUUGUCUGCAAUAGGAUGGAGACAAUAUACACGGUUUACCCGUAAAGCUCGCGGCGCUGAAGCUAUAAGAGAUCAAGCAGUGACAGGUAGACAGAUAAUUUCCUACAGGUAUCGUGGCUUCAUCAUCCCAGCCUUCAUGGUGGAUAACUUGGAUGACCUGCACAGGUUCCAGGUUAGAGAGGAGGAUAUAUGGAUUGUCACGUUCCCUAAAGCUGGUACAACAUGGCUCCAGGAAAUCGUGUAUCUUAUUGCUAAUGAUCUCGACUUUGAGAAGGCACGGAGUAAAAUCUUGGAGGAGAGGUUCCCAUAUCUGGAAUUUGUCAACCCAGGAAUGAAAGCUAUUUCCAAAAUGGAAUCUCCAAGAUUUAUUAAAACACAUUUACCCCCGUCACUAUUGCCAAGAGAAGUUCACUCAAAGAACCCAAAGCUGAUCUACCUGGCCCGGAACCCCAAGGACACGGUUGUGUCGUACUACCACUUCACCAAAUCCCUCGCGACCAUCAACUACUUUGGAGACUUCAGUGUUUUCUUUGACCAGUUCCUCAAUGACAAAGCGAUUUACGGCCCCUGGUGGAAGCAUGUGAAGGAGGGAUGGAACUUGAGAGACAAGGACAAUGUCCUGUUUCUCACCUAUGAAGAUCUGCAUAAGGAUACUAGAGGCUGUAUUCGCACUGUGGCCAACUUCCUGGGAAAGUCUCUGAGUGACCAACAGGUGGAGACACUGGCCAGACACGUGACCUUUGCCAGCAUGAAGGUCAACCCGAGUGUCAACUACAGUUGGUGGGCGGGAUGGGCCGUCAAAGAGGCCCACGAGAAUCAGUUCUUUAGGAAAGGUAUUGUUGGAGACUGGACUAGCCAUUUGACCCCGGAGAUGAGCCGUCAGAUUGAUGACAUGGUGGCCGAGAAGCUGCAGGGGACUCAGCUGGUGUUGGAGGACAUGCCUCUAUCCAGACAAGCUUCAUAGACAGUCACAGCUGAUCCUCAGCUAGAUGAACAGUGUGGACCGACAACAAUUAAACCAUGGCAUGUUGAAACCACUCAGUUUGUGUUAAUUUAUGAUGAAUGUUCCAAGUCAAGUCCAAGACUUGGCCACGACAGAACAUGAAACAUAUUGAUGUGACCUGAGCCAAACCAGGUACAUGUUGAUGUGACCAGAGCCAAACCAGGAACAUCUUGAUGUGAUCAGAGCCAAACCAGGAACAUCUUGAUGUGACCAGAGCCAAAGAUGAAACUUCUGCAGUGAUCAGAGCCAAACAUGAAACAUCUUGAUGUGACAAGAGCCAAACCAGGAACAUCUUGAUGUGACCAGAACCAACCAAGGAACAUCUUGAUGUAACCAGAGCCAAACCAGAAACAUCUUUAUUCGACUAGAGCCAAACCAGGAACAUCUUCAUGUGACCAGAGCCAACCAAGGAACAUCUUCAUGUGACCAGAGCCAAACAAGGAACAUCUUGAUGUGACCAGAGCCAACCAAGGAACAUCUUUAUGUGACCAGAGCCAACCAAGGAACAUCUUUAUGUGACCAGAACCAAACCAGGAACAUCUUUAUGUGACCAGAGCCAAACCAGGAACAUCUUCAUGUGACCAGAGCCAACCAAGGAACAUCUUCAUGUGACCAGAGCCAAACAAGGAACAUCUUCAUGUGACCAGAGCCAACCAAGGAACAUCUUUAUGUGACCAGAGCCAACCAAGGAACAUCUUUAUGUGACCAGAGCCAA